AGCGGAUGAGGUAGCGCAUUUCCGCAUAGAAGCCCCUCGACUCGAAGACGCGAAAAUCAUAACAGGGGGCGCGUCUUCUCAUAUUUGGCGCGUGUGACAAGCUUGAGUGCAUCAAUUAGGAACGAAUGGGGGGGUAAGAAUCGGGGCGAGAAGCUGUGUCUGAGAUUUAAACGUCAGAAAGGAAAGUAUUGAUGUUGGUUGACUACUUCGGCGCUUCCCGUCUCCUGUCAAGCUGAGAAAAAGACCUCGUUAAGGUCCUGCCCUUCCUAGAGGCUAUCAACCUACCAACCAGACUCUGAACCUUCCAGGUGUCUUUUGGUAUAACGUUUGACCCUUUAUGGAGAACUACGUUAAGCUCGAGAAGGUUGGAGAGGGGACUUACGGAGUCGUAUACAAAGCUAAAGAUGUCAAUACUGGAAAGAUUGUUGCACUCAAGAAAAUUCGGCUGGAAGCGGAGGAUGAAGGCGUACCCAGCACUGCAAUCCGAGAGAUAUCGUUACUGAAAGAGCUUGACGAUGACAAUAUCGUUCGGCUACUGAACAUCGUUCAUUCCGAUACAAAACUCUAUCUUGUUUUCGAGUUUCUUGACCUGGACUUGAAGCGGUAUAUGGAUGCCUUCACAAAACAAAAUGAGAUGCUUGAACUCUCCACCGUCAAGAAAUUCACUAUGCAACUCUUGUUGGGACUUCACUACUGUCACGCGCAUCGUAUAUUGCACCGCGACCUCAAACCCCAAAAUCUUCUUAUUGAUGCGGAGGGGAACCUGAAACUGGCGGACUUCGGGUUGGCGCGAGCAUUCGGCAUCCCGCUAAGGACAUAUACGCAUGAGGUUGUCACAUUAUGGUACCGUGCCCCCGAGGUUCUUCUUGGCUCGAGGCAUUAUUCAACAGCAAUCGACAUGUGGUCUGUGGGCUGCAUCAUGGCCGAGAUGGUCAUGUCAGGCACUCCACUGUUCCCAGGCGAUUCGGAGAUUGACCAGAUCUUCAAGAUUUUCAAGAUUCUUGGGACCCCUCAUGAGUCAACGUGGCCUGGAGUUUCCCAGCUGCCCGAUUUCAAACCAACGUUCCCUCAGUGGAGUGGGAUAGAUUUGGGUGAAGCUGUUCACGAAAUAGAUCGUGUUGGGGCUGACUUGCUGCAUUCAUUCCUCGUGUAUGAUACUGCAAGCCGCAUGUCUGCUAAACGAGCGCAGAAGCACCCCUGGUUUGGUAACAUGGAAUUAUAGCUCGCCAAUGAUACCAGCAGCAGGUUACAGGAACGUAUACUGCUUUGACGAUAUGUGUUUCCGUCCUACAUUUUCCGUAGUAACCAGUGUCAACCCGUCCGUAUCUCCCGU